AUGUCGUUUUACUCACCCUCUGAAAGAGGGUAUCUAUAUAAAGCCAUUUUCUACAAACACAAUCAUUUUCCUCCGGUUAUUCACGGAAUCUUGAUAACCAGGGGUGAGGGGAUCUUCAAGGAUUUCCUUGUGGUGUUGAGCGAUGGCUUCGAAGCGGAUCUUGAAAGAGCUCAAGGAUCUUCAGAAAGAUCCUCCUACCUCUUGCAGCGCAGGCCCAGUGGCAGAAGACAUCCACCUAAGGUAGCUUUCAGGACGAAGGUUUUCCACCCAAACAUCAAUAGCAACGGAAGCAUUUGUCUUGAUAUUUUAAAAGAACAGUGGAGCCCAGCUCUAACUAUCUCCAAGGUUUUGCUGUCAAUAUGCUCCUUGUUGACCGACCCAAACCCGGAUGACCCGUUGGUCCCUGAAAUAGCGCACAUGUACAAAACAGACAGAAACAAGUACGAAACCACAGCAAGAAGCUGGACCCAAAAGUAUGCCAUGGGCUAAUUCGUAAUUCUCUCUCAACCCCUAUCAAAUUACCAAAAAACCCUCCUUUUUUAUUUUUUCUUUUCCUAAAAUCGAAUGUAUGGAAUUUAAUGAAAUAUGCAAACUGUGAAAUAUAUGUGGUUUAAUUGUAAUUGUAAGAUAAACGUGACCUCCUUUCAAGUUUCGAGACUCUCUUGUGCUUUUCAUUCUCUAUCUCUUAAAAAAAUAAUAAAAGGUUAAACGUGAUGAGAC